CCUGUGACUUGCGCUUGGGCUGGGAUGGACACUUGCGUGCGUAGGCUAGGCCCGUUUGGCAUGCGGAGGCUCCACUCCGCUCUGUGUACUGUAUGGGCGGGCUGCGCGGGAGUCUAUGCUCCCUUUGCCUGGUGGGCUUAUCGCUGGCCGCCACCUGGGACCACGCACUACGGACUCCGGACGCUCAGGCACGUUCCCAUUCCCUUACAUCCUCUCAAUGUCAAGCACGAUUGGCGAUGCGCGUCCCUUCCGCGGCGGACUGUGGUCCCGGCGGGCCAGCACGCCGCCACCGUGCUCCUGCCAACAGUGCGUGUGUCGAAACGGAGCGGCGCAAGCUUGGUUCGGGCCUUGGAGUCGGACUGCGCGUGGACUCCGAGGCGAUCGAGGUGGAUUUUCUGCGCGGUCCCGGGGGAGGGAAGCUUCGCUCCUGCUCCUGGCCAGGCGGAUCGUCGCCGACGCGCGUGGCUUAGACUCUGAUCGCGCUCAGGGCGAUAUCGUGGGCCAGGACAAGACAACGCCAACCACGCUGGAUCCUGAUGGUCGGGACGGGGCCCGCGCGCGACGGUCGUUCGGAUCCCUCUUGACAUUGUGUCGCCCGCGCUGUGUUCGAGCAAGCAAGGCGAACCGCGUGGCUUACGUACGUAGGGCGGCGAUAUGCGGCGUCCACUGCGAGCAAUCCAGCCACCGCUGUGUACUAUCCGCAUCCAUGGACUAUUCCAUCUCCAAUCUGGAAUGCAAAAUGCAAUUUCAUGGAAAUCUGGGAUAUCAAGCUCUGCCGUUAGCAGCGCCAUCCCUCGCCUCGCAGGACAUGCGAUGCCCCCAGCGCGAGCGAGGGCGCAAGUCCAGCCGAACAAGCUUCGCGGUCGAGGCACGGCGCCGUGAUCGUACUGUAAUUCAAGUUGCGCGCGACAACCCCGACCUGCCGCGUUCGUCCUCUCCCGGCCUAAAGGGGCAGCUCGGUUGCCUAACUCUGCCCAGUGCUCAGUGCUCCUUCGUCGUCGGCCCUCAGGCUGGCCUGGCCCGGCCGCGUCCCCCCGCGUGUCCACCACGCACGCUGCAUUGUCCCGCCGAUUGCCCCGGUCGCAGGAUCUGUCUGUGGGUGUGGGCCCGUCCGGCGUGGCGUGAUGCGACGCCGAUAGCCGUCCGUCCACCUCUCACUGACAACCGUGCCCUCUGUCCUGUGUCCUGCGUAUCUGCUAGACGCCGUCAACGCUGCAGCAAGCCACAGUGGGUCCGCAACACGCCCGUCCUCGCACCCGGCAGCCAGCUGCAUGAGCAUCCACGAAUCACGAUCCAGCCACGCACGAUCCAGACGCGCGCGACGCCACGCUGAUAGUGGUGCGUACACGCACGCGCUGGAGAUCCGGGCUCGCCGGCGAUUCGUAUCAAGAGGCAAGACCUAGAGUCCAUCUGGGGAACCGGCUUCGGGAAGGCGCGUCAACGUCGAUGAUGCGACGUUCAAUUUUCCUAGGCCUG